ACACAAUGAAGCCGUUAUUUGCGUUGUUUUUUAUAUUCGUGGCUGUCAGAAGUGAUGUCAGAGUGUGUAAUAACAUAAAAUGCGAACCUAAAGAUGAGUUUUUAAACGGCGAAACGGAUGAAUGGAAUGACUUUAUGGAUAAUUUAGUUAAAGAAACAUUUAAAACAAGAUCACUGUCCUGUGUGACUAACAGUUCUCAAAUUGUUACAGUUGAUCCAAGUGAUGAUAUUGUCUGGGAUUUGCGGUUUAAAAUUUACAGUGAACGUAAAAUUGAAGGAGAGAAAACAUUAAAUGAUUGUUAUUGCGACUUUACUGAUUGUAAAAGUGACGAAUUUAGGAAUUGUUUAGCUGAGGCAAGAACUGCAAUGAAAAAUGAUGUACAAAAAGUUCUAGUGGGUGUUAUUGGUCAAUAUUUAGCUGAUCAAAUGAUGAAAUGUUAAAUAAAUUAAUUAAAAUGUAUGAAAUAUAUAAAUAUUAAUAAAAAACCUAAAUUGUUCAAAUUUACCGCUCUUCU